AUGCAAGAGUGUAAAGUCAAUUUGUUAAUUUAAAUUAAAAUUAGUAAUUUAAAACAAACACUCUUGAAGAUAAGCAUCAUCAAAGGAUAACAUUAAAAAAGCUUCAAUACAAGAUUAAAAAUUGAUUUAUAUUUAAAGAUGAUAAAAGGAAAUAUUUAGUUGAUAUUUAAAGUGCUAGAACUUAACCUUUAAUUUAUAUGUUAGAAAUUGAUAUUUGUUAGAAGCGGAAAAGUAUAUGAAGCUGUCUGUAAAAUCUACAAAGAAAUGAAAAAUAAAUUAGGAAUAUAAAUUAUAAAGGAGUCAACUAAGUACCAAAAUUUAGAGAAAAAAAUUAUCAAUUUACUCUUUCUAACAUUAUUUCCUUAUUUCCUUAUAAUUUACAUUUAAUGUAUAAGGCAAUUAUAGAUUAUUAUUAUUAUUUCUUUUCUGAAUUCUUAUUUAUUAAAGGAGUAUAGUGUGGGGGACAUCACAAAAUUAAUUCGCUAUACUAUGAAGAGUAGAAACAAAUUGUGUGCAAUAUUAAUUAAAUAAAGUAAAUAGAGAUUAUCUUUAUGUAAGCUUGACAACACUUAUAAAAAGAAAGAUAUACCUAAUCUCUGGAAAAAAAUAAGAUUUUUAAUACUUUUUUAAUAACCUCAAAAACUGACCUGA